AUGAUGAAGCCUGAACACGACGCUACCUUCUCACGCAUGAACAAAAUCGAUGGCUGGGGAUCUUUCGAGGCCGAGGGAAAAAUAUUCAUAAUGAUGAAGCCUCAACACGACGCUUCCCCCUCAACCGCCCCCAAAAUCGAUGACUGGGGAUCUUUGGAGGCCGAGGGAAAAAUAUUAAUAAUGAUGAAGCCUGAACACGACGCUACCUUCUUACGCAUGAACAAAGUCGAUGGCUGGGGAUCUUUGGAGGCCGAGGGAAAAAUAUUCAUAACGAUAAAGCCUCAACACGACGCUACCUUCUCACGCAUGAACAAAAUCGAUGGCUGGGGAUCUUUGGAGGCCGAGGGAAAAAUAUUAAUAAUGAUGAAGCCUCAACACGACGCUUCCCCCUCAAUCGCCCCCAAAAUCGAUGACUGA